CAGAGCUUGAGUGAGUGAGCAAAGAGACCAGCGGGCAGCUUGGCCAGAGGGAGGCCUGGGCACAGCUGGGUUCUUCACAGAUGGGUGCUGAUUCCUGCUGCAGAUAGACCAUCUUGAAGGGCAGUGUCAGACCAGAGACGAGUUAGGAAGGAGAAAUUGGGGUCCACCAGUACCCGUCUUCCCCACUUGGCCUGAGCUAGAGACCCUGGUUCUGUGAGUGGCUAAAGAAGGCAGAGCCACAGGAAGCCAGAAGGAGCCCCAAGAGGAGCAGAGGCCCAAGUCCCAGCAUCUCCAAGAGAAACAUCAGCACCAUGCUGGGCCCCCAUCUCUCACAUCCACCCCUGGGACCUGAUGAAAGCAGGCCUAGCCCCUGUGCCUUCAGGAUCCCAGAUGGGAGCUACAGGUGUCUGGCCCUGGAGGCAGAGGAAAUCAGUGGUGAAGACAGUCUGCAGGAAGAAGCAGGACUCACAGACCUGGAGGAGGACAGGGUAUCCUGCAGCAGCCGGGACAGCUUUGCCUGCAGAGCCGCUCCAGGAGCCCCUCAGCAGCCCAGGGCUCUGCUCAUCCAGUCCCCCAGCUGGCCCAGAGAGGUCCUCAAGGGGAGCCAGCAAGAAGAUAGGACUGGCCACGAAUGGAGCUUAGUGACUGCCCAGCAGGUGAUCACAGCCAGCCCCAGCCCAAGCCCAAGCCCCAGCCCCAGCCCCAGCCUUGGGCCAAGGGUUGCUCAGAAACCAGCCUUGGGCCGGAGCACCAGUGUCACCGAGAAGGAUUUGAAGGAGGCCAAAGCCCGGAGCCAGCAGAUUGCUGCACAGCUGACCACCCCGCCCAGCUCCAAUUCCCGAGGCGUCCAGCUCUUCAACAGGCGUCGGCAGAGGGUCAACGAGUUCACCCUUGAAAGCCACAGACGCGGGGGUCAGAAGCCAGGCCAGGAGGCCUUCAGAGCACCCACCACCAGCACCACAGGCCAUGCCCCAGGGCUCUGUCUGAGUCCCGCCUCACUUCCUGAGCCAGGCCCUUCCCUGCACCUGGUCUCCCCGAGCCCAGGCAUUGGGGUCCCUGGCCACAGCAUGGAGGGGUGUUCUGAGGAAGCCAACUUGCUGAGGCACCUGGAGAAGGCAGCCAGUGAGGAAGAAGAGGUGCCACUGGUGGUUUAUCUCAAGGAGAAUGCGGCCCUGCUCACUGCCAAUGGCCUCCACCUGUCCCAGAACCGAGAGGCUCAGCAGAGUCCACCCCCUCCACCUCUGACUGAGGCCCCCAGCCCGGUGGUGGCGGAUGUCAACCAAAACAUCUCCUCACCCAAUGCCACACUUGUCACCCCAGUGUCUGGUGACAACCACAGUCUUCCCGCCAUAGAUGUCAAUCAGAACCCAGCAGUCAUCCCACAGAGCCUGCCCCUGGCUAACAGCCAACAGAACUCCCCGGGGGGCCCACCCGAUGGCACCCUGCCAGAUUCCAGGCCUAGUGCUCCAGAGCCAGCCGCAGAGGUGCUUUCCAGUACCCUUCUCAUCGACAAGGUGUCAGCACCACCUGCCACCAUCAGCACCUUCUCCAAAGAAGCUGCUCCCCUCUCCACCUUUGAGCCCCCGGCCCCCGACUUCACAUCCAGCUCCUUGCUCAUUGAUGUGCAGCCCAGUGCCCCAGUGGCAUCCACAACCCCCACUACACCCACCAGGCUAUACAGCGAGGUCCACCUCACUCUGGCCAAGCCUCCGUCGGUGGUCAACAGGACGGCCAAGCCCUUUGGGAUGCAGGCAUCAGGGGCCCCCGGCCAGGUGGAUCGGAGCCCUAUGGUGGAGAGGCGGCACCUGGGAGAAAAGGCUGUGACCCCUCAGCCCUCUGCCAUGGCAGACAGAAGCCCCCGGCCACAGAGACACAUCAUGGCCCACAGCCCCAUGGUGGCCAGACGACCUGUGGCACAGAGAAGUCCUGCCUUGGAGAGGCGUCCCCUGGGGAACUUCACCCCACCCCCCACCUAUGCUGAGACCUUGUCCGCAGCGCCCCCAGCCUCCCGGGUGAGGUCUCCCCCCUCUUAUUCAGCCCUGUACCCCAGCACCGACCCCAAGCUCCCUCACGGGAAGGGCCAGGCUGGUCCCGCCAGCAAGACGGGCAUCUUGGAGGAGUCAAUGAUCCGAAGGGGCAGCCGCAAGUCCAUGUUCACCUUUGUGGAGAAGCCCAAGGUGACCCCAAAUCCAGAUCUGCUGGACCUGGUGCAGACGGCUGACGAAAAGCGGAGACAGCGGGACCAGGGAGAGACAGCUGUGGAUGAGGAGCCCUUUGCGCUGGGGGCAGAGGCCUCCAACUUCCAGCAGGAGCCGCCCUCCCGGGAUAGGGACAGGGACAGGGCUAGCCCCGCAGCAGCUGAGGAGCCGGUCCCUGAGUGGGCCUCGUGCCUCAAGUCCCCUCGCAUCCAGGCCAAGCCAAAGCCCAAACCCAACCAGAACCUGUCAGAGGCCUCUGGCAAGGGGGCUGAGCUCUAUGCCCGCCGCCAGUCCCGCAUGGAGAAGUAUGUCAUCGAGUCCUCAGGCCACGCCGAGCUGGCCCGCUGCCCCUCUCCAACCAUGUCUCUGCCUCCCUCCUGGAAGUACUCCACCAGCGCCCCCGGAGGCUUCCGAGUGGCAUCCCUCAGCCCGGCACGGACACCACCCGGCUCCCUCUACCAUGGCUACCUGCCUGAGAACGGGAUCCUGCGCCCGGAGCCCACCAAGCAGCCGCCCUACCAGUUGCGCUCCUCACUCUUUGUCCUCUCUCCUGUCAAGGAACCCACCAAAGCCUCCCCCAGAAUGGCCUCUUCCAGAUCUGCCUCCCCUGCCAAGCCCAGCUCCCUGGACCUGGCACCCAAUCUGCCUAAGGGAACCUUCCUGCCAUCCUCACCGGCACUGCCUCGGGCCUCCCGCUCCUCACCCGGCCUCUACGCCCAAUCUGGCCAGGAUGGCCUACAGCCCACUGCCGUGAGCCCCACCUAUGGCUGUGACAUCUCCCCCAUGUCUCCCUCCAGGGCCUGGUCUCCCCGAGCCAAACAGGCCCCCAGGCCCUCUUUCUCCACCCGCAAUGCGGGGAUCGAGGCUCAGGACCGCCGGGAGAACCUGCCCACCUCCCCGCCCUGGACGCCCGGCGCAUCCCGGCCUCCCAGCAGCCUGGACGGCUGGGUGAGCCCAGGGCCGUGGGAGCCGGGCCGCGGGAGCAGCAUGAGCAGCUCCCCGCCACUGCCGCCGCCGCCGCCGCCCAUGUCUCCCUCGUGGAGCGAGCGCUCAGUGUCCCCGAUGCGACCCGAGCCCGAGACGCGGCCCCCCAGCCGCCAGCUGCAGGCGCUGCUGGCGCGAAACAUCAUCAACGCAGCCCGGCGCAAGAGCGCCUCCCCGCGGCCGGCGGGCGCAGAGAGCCUGCGGCCCUUCUCGCCUCCCCGAGCUCCGCCGCCGCCGCCGCCGCCGCCGCCGCGCAUGCGCUCCCCGCAGCCAGCUCAGCCUGCCCCGCCCGCGGUGGCCGGGGCCACGUUCUCUCCCAUCCCGCGGAGCCCGCUGCCUGCGCCGCCACGGCCUUUCCCUUACCGCCGUUCACCCACAGACUCCGACGUGUCCCUCGACUCCGAGGACUCCGGGGCUAAGUCGCCCGGCAUCCUCGGCUACAACAUUUGUCCCCGCGGGUGGAAUGGCAGCUUGAGGCUCAAGCGCGGCAGCCUCCCCGCGGAAGCAUCCUGCACCACCUAGACCCCCACCCCGGGACCCACAGGGGGUCACCCGGCCUGGGGUGGCCCAGCUGGCCCGUCCACAAGGGCUUUUGCCUCCUCGGACGCCCCCGAGAUAUAAGGGCAGUAGGCUUUCAGCUUGGGGGUGGUGGGGCAGUGGGCCAAGCUUGGGUGCUUGGCCUCUCUAUAGCACCCAGUUUUGUCACCCUGGGAGAGAUGCAUCCCCUGUCUGAACUUCAGUUUUCCCGUCCAUUUAAUGGGGCUCUGGCCAGGGCACCCUUUCAAAAUCUUAAAUUCCUCUUCCCAUCAACACAAACACACACACACACCAGGACACCCUCCAAAAAUCUAAAUUCCUCUACACACACACACACCUUGGAGGAGGCAGGGAGUAUGUAUAUGGACCCCUCAAUUUGUUGCUGCAUUCCAAGGUUCCCCCACCCCCACCCAACCUCUUUUAGGCCCAUUAAAGUUUGGUAAAGAGGCUGUGUUCAGAAGCUCCUAGGCCUGAGUCCCCUGUCCAGACUUGGCCUGACCAUUCGCCUCCCUGGCACCAUGUCUGGGGCAGGAGCAGCUGUUCUCCAUCCCUUCCCAGAGGAGAUCUAUUUUUACCAAGAUGACCUUUAGAAAGGUCUCCUGGGCCAGCUCAAGGUGCCCUGCUGGCCUGUUGGCAGAACAGAGAUGAAAGAGCCCUCCUCCCACAGGGCCUCGCAUGCUUUUCCCCAACCCCAGCUCAGACUGUUUAGGGUAUCCUAUCUGCUGCCAAAGAAGAGAGCUACAAGGAUCUCCCCACACAGACACUUCAUCCCCCCCCCCCACAAAUAUAUCCUGGAUUGGGGUCUCCAGGAAAGCUAUAGGUGCCUCCAACCCAUUUGCUCCUGUGUCCUUUCAUGGCAGGCAAGUCCUGGGUUCAAAGCUCAGCUAAGGAAGAAGAGAAGAACCAACCAGUGUGUUAGCUGGUUGUGCUGAGCUUUGAGCAUUUGGAAAGAGGGAGGCAAAGGGAUGUCAUAGCAGGAAAGCAAGCAGAAGCCAGAAGGGAAAGAAAAGAUUCUAGUUUGGGAAUACAAAUGGCUCAGAGGAAUCUCUAAGGAUUCUUCCACUUCUGACACACAUGGCACGAUGUUAGGGAGGGAGGUCAUAGUAGAGGGUUAACUGGGCAGAAUUUGGGAAAGAGCCCAUGAGGUUGGCUGUGUGAGGGAGGAGGGGUUAGAUCCUGAUCUGUUUGUGUUUCUGUGUCUUUAGCAAGUAUCCCAUUCUUCAAUUUCAAAUGCCACCCAAUGUCUGCACCAUGCCCAGAUGAGUGGGCAUUUCCUGUCCCAGCUAUUUCCCAUCACACUCUGGCCCAGCUCAUGUCUGAUACCCAGUGACCUUGCAGACACUGGCCAGAGGCCCUGUUCUGUCCAUUAAGCCUCACAAGUCUGAUUCCAAUGCUCAAGGGAGGAAUAUUGCUGAGUUCUGAAGUAUCUGCAGUUGGCUGGUGGUGCCUUCUAGGAGUUUGGAAUGUCAGCUUCAGGAUAUUCAGGGGGUAUGUGUGCUGGAAUUGACUGAAAAUCCUAGCUAUGUAAGAGACAGGAUACCGAGAUGUUGUUAAAGGAAUGGUACCAAGCAUGAUUUAUGUUUAGGGAUAGACUUAUCCACUUAGAUCUGCAUCUAAUUUUCUAGGUGAGGCUGAGGAAAGCUAGGGUCUAGAUGGGAAAGAAUCAGGGAGUUCUUUGGAAUAAAAGAGUGAUCCCAGAGAGUUCUUAGGGCCUCAGGAUUGGGAACAUAGGCCCUGCUGGUUACAAGAAGAGAGGUCAUGCCUGACCAGUCAAGAAUGAAUCAGCACAUUCAUCCACAUCCCCCCUUGUGUCAGUAUCCCUUGUAACAUGGCAGACUGGAGCUGAGGUGCUGUUCCAAAGAAGACUCAUUGGACCUCUUAACUGAGGCUGGCUUCUGCCUACAUUUCCCCAAAGGGCCAGCAGAAGGCAACCUUGGGAAACUGCAUUUCCUCAGUCUGGCUGGUAGCUCCCUGUCACUGCCUUCACCCCAUACCUCUUCUCUAACCUAUGAAGCUUGCCUGUGCCCUGUUUCUUGCCUCCUGUAGAAUUCAGCUCCAGCCUUCAAUAAACAUUUCCUGCAUC